GAUUCUGCUUUUCUUCUCAUUUCUUCCCGCUGCAGCCACCCAAAGAAAAACAAAGAGGAACCUAGCCAUGCCUUGGAAAAUUGGAAGCUUCCGGAUCUGCCUUGCUCUGCUCCUUCACCGCCGGCUGCUCCUGCUUUGUGGGGGUGAUUUGCUCCGGUUUUGGAUUUCCCGUGAGCUUCCUCUGCACUGCCGCCGGCUUCUCCCCCUUGCUAGGCCCGGUUCUGCAGCUGCUAAAUUCUGUGGAGUUACUGUUCACGUCGGGUACUGUUCACCGACACUGUUCACACACCGAGGGCCAACAAUUAACGGGGAUUUAAAUGAUUAGUUUGUGAUAUGAGAACGAUUUUGGAGAUAUUUGAUUAUGUGGAGAUUUAUGGAAAUAGCAUUGUGAUUAGGAGUGAUCCUAAUGAUGAUUUCAGUUUGAAUGUGUGAUAGUCCGAUAUUAAUUCUGAGGUAUUUUGAUUAGGUUCCCGAUCGUUCUGUCAGUUAGCAUUGAGAUUGAGUGCUCGGUUUUAUGCGAGUGAGGUAAGUAAAUUAUGGUAAUGCCCUUUGAUUUUAAAAGCAUGUUUUGAUUUAUUUUUGAAGUGGUGGCGGGACUAAACCUGUUUUACACAAGUAUGACUGAUUUGAAGUGAAAUGUUUUAUGCUUUUCACUAAAUUGAGCAUGCCUACUUGAAAUUUAAGUGAUUGUCCUGAUGAUUUGAAAGUGAUUGUGAAUUGUGAUUUUCCUGUUAACUUCUGCCUGUUUUGUCUCCGAUGUGGUCAUGUUAUUCGUGUGCUCGCUAGUGGGAGGUUUAUAAACGCUAGCACAUGUCGACAUGUUAUUGAUAGAACCGAUUCGCUCGUGGCCCUACUAGUGGGGAUUAUACACUAGUAAUCGUGUGCCCGCCAGUGGGAGGUUUAUAAACGCUGGUCGUGACCUAUAGAGGAGACGUCUAUUUCGUUUCCGUACCCGUAUCUGUUUUUCGUGAUUGUACUUGUUGGCAUGCUUUAAGUUUGAUAAGGGGCACUCCAUAUUUUACUUACUGAGUUUAUCUUAUAGUUUUCCCUGUCCACCAUUUCAGGAAGUGAAACCGAGGACGGGGAAGCCACGGGAAGUGACGUGUUAGAAGGCUAGCCAUCGUGUAAAUU